GCCAGAGUCCAGUCCAAUCUGAACCCGAGAACAAGUGGCAGCUGGAAAGUGGAGGCAGAGAAGACGGCGGAAGUCAAUGUUAUUUGACCUGGGUCACCAGAACCCAGAGAUCCCGGAGUGCACGAUGCAGAAGACUGCCUACUAUGAGAACACGGGCCUCUUCGGGGGUUAUGGCUACAGUAAGGCUGCCGACACCUAUGGCUAUGGCUCAACCCAUCAGCCCUACCCACAGCCCACUGCUGCCGCCACCCUUGACACGGACUACCCGAGCUCGGCUUGCUCCAUCCAGAACUCAACACCACUCCGGGCCCCGGCCCACAAGGGCAGUGAGCUCAAUGGCAGUUGUAUGCGACCGGGUGCGGGAAGUGGUCAGGGUGGAGGUGGUGGCAGUCAGCCCCCUGGCCUGAAUGCAGAGCAACAGCCGCCACCACCACCUCCCCCACCGCCCACCCUGCCCCCAUCCUCCCCGCCCAACUCGGGUGGCACCGCUCCGGCUAAGAAAGCCAAGGGCGGCCCCAACACCUCUGGCUCCUCAUCUGCCACCAUCAGCAAGCAAAUCUUCCCCUGGAUGAAAGAGUCCCGGCAGAACUCCAAGCAGAAGAACAGCUGCACCACCUCAGGCGAGAGCUGCGAGGACAAGAGCCCCCCGGGCCCCGCGUCCAAACGCGUGCGCACGGCCUACACGAGCGCGCAGCUGGUGGAGCUGGAGAAGGAGUUCCACUUCAACCGCUACCUGUGCCGGCCGCGCCGGGUGGAGAUGGCCAACCUGCUGAACCUCACCGAACGCCAGAUCAAGAUCUGGUUCCAGAACCGGCGCAUGAAGUACAAGAAGGACCAGAAGGCCAAGGGCAUCAUGCACUCGCCCGUGGGCCAGUCCCCGGAGCGCAGCCCCCCGCUGAGCGGGGCGGGCCACGUGGGCUACUCGGCGGGCCCGCUGGCCCCCGUGGGCGGCCUGGGCUACGACGCGCCCUCGCCCCCGUCGUUCGCCAAGUCCCAGCAGAACAUGUACGGCCUGGCCGCCUACACGGCGCCGCUGAGCAGCUGCCUGCCGCAGCAGAAGCGCUACCCCGGGCCCGAGUACGACCACCAUCCCAUGCAGAGCAGCGCGGGGGGCUUCGCCAGCGCCAGCCUGCAGGGCAGCCCGGUCUACGUCGGGGGCGGCUUUGUGGAUUCCAUGCCGGCCUCGGGCCCCGUCUUCAACCUGGGCCACCUGUCCCACCCGUCCUCGGCCAGCGUGGACUACAGCUGCGCCGCGCAGAUCCCCGGCAACCACCACCACGGACCUUGCGACCCCCACCCCACCUACACAGAUCUCACGUCCCACCACACGUCUCAGGGAAGGAUUCAGGAGGCCCCGAAACUGACGCAUCUGUAGUCGGGGCCCGGGCCCGGCCCGUCUCAAUUACCUCACUUUUUGGUUGGGCGUUUGGAGUUUGUUGGGGUUUGGUCUUU